AUGAGAAGGGAGGAGUCUUCUGGUGCUCAUAUUUUAAAGAAAAGAAAGGUAAAGGGUGGUUCUAAGAAGUCAAGUUGGAUAUGGAACUUAAUGGAAGAAACUGAAAUUGUAAAGGAUGGAGAAAAAUCUAAAGGAGUUAUUUGUCAAGUUAACAUCUCUGAAGUUUCUGAUAUUAUUGUUCAUUGUAAUGUUGUAGUACGUGGUGGUGAAUCUACAUCUAACUAUAUUAUACACUUAUUAUCUGCUCAUGGUAUAACAAAAGAAAAUUUCCAAAAUAAAUUGAACAAUCAGUUUAAAGACACUUCUAAAACAAUCACUAAAAUGUUUGAAAAUCACCAACCACAUACAAGCCAAAAACAAGAACAACUUGAAAAGGCCUUGGUUUUUUUUAUAAUUAAUGACCUACAACCACUAAAUAUCUUGAAAUCAGAGUCUUUCAAAAAUUUUAUCAAAUUGCUAGAUCCUCGAUUUACAAUUCCACAAUCAAAAAAAGUAAAAUCAUGGAUUUCCAAUGCCUAUACAAAUUCUUUAAAUAAAUUAAACCAUGAUUUGUCUGUUGCUAAAUAUAUUUCUUGCACCACAGACUUGUGGACUGCAAGAAAUAAGCAAGGUUACCUAGGAAUAACAUGUGCUUGGGUAGAUCCAGAUUUUAAUUUAAAUGAAAAGUUGUUAGCUCUAAAAUAUAUUCCAUCUCAUACUUCACUAGCUAUUAGUCAAAAAUUAAUUGAUAUUUUUAGUGAAUUUGAUAUAAAUGAUAAAAUUAUUUCCAUCACAACAGAAAAUGGAAGAAAUAUGGUCUCUGCUUUUAAAGUGAGUUUUAAUUUUAUUACAAGUUUAUUAUAG